AAUGCACCCAUCCAACGGCCACCAAUACACACAUGAAUCGCUCUAUGAAAAACAGCGAAAGCAGACGGUAAUUUGCGUCCUCUUAUUUCUUCCGGUCCGCGGCAGCAUCUUCAUCUCCCCUUACCCUUAAAAGAACAGAUAAUUUAUUUGACAGGAUUGAGAAAAUAAAAUGGAAUAAGAGCCUGUUAGUGGAGGUAAAGAAAUGGCCGACUCAUAUGUGGCAUUGGAGGAGGAAGGUGAUGGUUGUUGUGUGGUUGAAGAGAACGAGAAUCCCAUGGUUUUAUAUGACUUUAGAAAGGAGGAUGAACAUUUGAAUCUCGAGUUUUCUCAACAUGUAGUUGGUGGGGUAGUAGAGCCUACGUUAGAUAUGGAGUUUAUUUCGGAGGAUGAUGCUAGGAAUUUUUACAAUGCAUACGCUAAGCAGACGGGUUUUAGUAUACGUAUGAAUUCUUAUUAUCGAUCAAAGAAAGAUAAUUUGAUUAUAUCUAGAGAAUUUUGUUGUUCCAAAGAAGGGUUUCGUCGGGAUAAACAUUCUAGAAAAACUGAUUCAGGAGACGAUACAAAGAGGAGACGUGCUCGGCCUAUUACAAGGGAGGGUUGCAAGGCUUUAAUGACUGUCAGGAAACGGGAGAAUGGAAAGUGGUAUGUAGCUAAGUUAGAGAAAAAUCAUAACCAUGAGCUUGUGAUUCCGGCAAUGAGGCAUUUCCUUCGGUCGCAUAAGGAAGAGGAUGAUCCAAAGAAAAGUUUGAAUGGCACUAUUGGUUCCAUGGGAGUGGGUUUGAAUGCUUCUGUAAAUGUGUCGCCCGAAGACUAUAACAGUUUUGGUAAAUUGGGAUUUGCUGCACAGAAUAAUGUUAACUUUAUCAGAAGAGGAAGAUUAAGCAAUUUUGGGGUAGAUGCUCAAAGUUUGCUGGCAUUCGUUAAGGUUAUGCAAACUAGUGAUCCUGCAUUUUAUUAUGCUAUUCAGGUUGAUGAUGAAGAUCGUCUAAGAAGUGUUUUUUGGGUAGACACAAGAUCAAGAAUUGCUUAUAAUUGUUUCUCCGAUGUUAUAUCUUUUGACACCACUUACCAAGUGAAUCAAUAUAAAAUGCCAUUCGCACCUUUCAUUGGAGUAAAUCAUCAUAGACAGUCAGUGUUGUUUGGUUGUGCGUUAUUAGCAGAUGAAACUGAAUCUACAUUCAUCUGGCUUUUCACGACUUGGCUUGAGGCAAUGUCUGGGCGUCAACCAGGCCUAAUUAUGACCGAUUAUGAUUCUGCCAUUAGUAGAGCAGUUGAAAGUGUUUUCCCGAAGUCGAGGCAUCGGUAUUGCAAGCGGCACAUCCUGAGCAAAAUUCCGAAGGAAAUAGGGCAUGUAUUUAGUUCUCUCCCAAAGACUUUUCAAGUGGAGUUCGAGAAAUGCAUUAACAAUAGUGAGACACCUGAAGAAUUUGAAUCUGCUUGGCAGUUGCUCCUUGAUAAGUGCAGUCUUAGAGGAAAUGAAUGGCUUCAAUCCCUUUAUAAUGAUCGCAAGUUAUGGGUAUCAACCUAUGUGAGGGACACAUUCUUUGCUGGCAUGUAUUCGAUCCAGCCAAGCAAAAGUGUUAGCUCUCUAUUUGAUGGCUAUGUAAAUGCCGGGACUGCCUUACAAGAUUUAGCAGAGCAGUAUGAACGGGCUCUUGAUGGUCGGUAUGAGAAGGAAGUGAGAGCAGAAUUUGAAACUUUUUACACUAAACCAGUUCUGAAAACACCACUUCCUAUGGAAAAACAAGCGGCAGAAGUUUAUACGAGAAAGUUGUUCUUGGUUUUCCAGGAUGAAAUUUAUGAAUCUCUUGUUCUUGCUGUGAAAUCAAGUCUAGAUGAUGGAUUAUCAAAGACAUUUGAGGUAGCAAGAUUUGAUGAAGAACAUAAAGUUUAUCGGGUAGGAAUAAAUAUAGCUGAUCAGAUUGCUAGUUGUAGUUGCAAGAUGUUCGAGUUUGAAGGGAUCCUUUGCAGACAUGUAAUCGCCGUGUUCAAAGCAACUAAUAUCUUCCUGCUUCCUCAACAUUAUAUUCUAAAGCGAUGGACUAAAAAUGCAAAGGAGGAGGCCAAGUUCGAUGCAUUACCAUCUGUUGAGAUACAUGACAAUUCUCGGAAGGGGAAGAAACAGUACAAUCUUUUGUACCAGGAAGCCAUAAAGUGUGCAGAAGAGGGGAUGGCAUCUGAUCACAGUUUCAAUGUAGCAUUGAAUGCCUUGAGGGAGGCUAGAAUUAAAAUUGUUAGUGCUAAGAAAAACGCAAUCAAUGUUCAGAAACUUGAGACUGCGUCCAGCACCCACUAUACGGAUGAUAAAACCACAUAGAUUGUUCAUCGCAAUUAAUCACUCCUGCAGAUCAUCAGCAAGAUAAAAUGAGAGAUUCCUGAGCAGAAAAAUAUGCAUCAAAACUGUUAUCAAGCAGAGCACUAACUCUUAAGUGCCUUGGACAUGAAAGUCAUCAUUACUAGUGGUUGAAGGAUGCAAGAGGAAGCGCUUCGAUGGUUAAUAUGGAAAGACUUGAUUUAUUAUAAAAACCCAACACAAUCCCUGGUAUCAAAUGAAGAUGCAGUAAAUAGUUUGCAGUGAUUUUAUAUUCUGAAUCAAAGAGAUAAUGUCAAAGUUGUAAAUAAUUUGCCUUAAUCAACUUCAUUUUUGUCUUUGAUUAUGUUGAGAUUUGAGAUAUUAAACUAAA